GGCGGCGGUGAUGCUCUGCUCUUGCUCUGAAGCCUCUGUGUGCUGUAGGACCAGGGGAGCAGACAGCAGCACCGCACCGCUGCACGGGCGCUCCAUGCACACCACAGCGCGCACACACAGUGGCACAGAGGGCGCUGUGCAUACGGAGGUGUUGGUGACCGCACCGCCCCACCUUGCUGGGACUUAGGGAUGAUACCGGUUGUAAAUGUGUGUCGCGGUGACUGUAAUGCUUUUGUGCGAAAUAAACCUCGGGAACCACUUCGCAGCUUUCACCUGCAUCAGCGCCUUGCCCUUCCCAGGGGUAGGGGGCUUCCUGAGGCUGCGUGCCCACGGGCACCCAUCCCUAUAGAGCCUGGGCGUCCCUCCCAAGGAUUGUGCACAGCCUCUGCGCUGCUCGCAGACCCAGGGAGGCUCUGUGCGCCCUCCCGGGGGUUCGCCGGCCCAGCAAACAGCCGCACCAUCCCACUCACAUUUGGGAUCGGGCUGCGGGGACCGAGCGGAGCCACCGCGACCGUCCGGAGCCUCAGUGCCACCUCCCGGCGCCGCGCGGAACUCGUAACGUGCAACAGGAAUAAAGAGGGCAGCAAAUCCGUCGGGGCGGUCCAGCAGCUCCGAGCCAGCUGCGGCUCUGAGCUGCCGUCUGCAGCCAUCCCGAGCGGUGUGCAGAGGAGCUCCGGGGGUGCACUGACAGCACGUGGGAGCCGCUGCCCGACCUCCGCAGCACCUGCGCUGCAUUUCCGAAUUACAGCGCUGCGGGGCUCCCUCUCCUAUUUAUUUGCAGCACAGGGGGUGCUCGUGCUCAGUGCUUUCUCUGGCCAGGUGGGGGCUGUAGGGCAGGGUGUGGGACUGGGGUUGGUUUCCACCGAGACUUCAUUGCGGGAGGAACCCCCACCACGGGCUGUGCUGCUGUUUUUAAUGCUGACACUGGUUUUAUUCCUCACUUAAUGAUGCUAUCCCAGCCAAAGAGGCAUUGCUCCAGCUGCUUCCAACCCUUGCAGAAAGCAAACCCUGUUAAUGGGAGCUGGCUGCAUGCUGCUGCCCUGGCUCUGGACUUUGGGAACCUGCUCCAAGCAUUCCUAAGUUACUUUUCUUCCACCUGUUAUUAUUACAGACCAGCUAAAGGCUGCUUUCUCUGGUGCUUGUUCCAUAGGAGCUGGUUCCUGGUGCUGUGCAGGAUGAGCAGCUCUUCCCCUGCUCUCAGGUCGCUGUCAGAGGACAGGACGGCUGCUGUGCUGUGGGGCUGUGAGCUGGGUGUGAACAGCCGGAGCUGUGUGGUGAAGGAGGAUGAUGACUUCCUAGAGCACCUGGUCCUGCUGAGGACGAUCAGCCUCAAAGGUCUGGAGUUUGUCCCUCCUGUCACCUUCAUGCUUCAGUGUGGAACUGGGCCAGUCUAUCUCAGCGGGCAGCACAUUACCUUGGAAGAUGUCCCCAGGUGUGAAGCCCACGAGGAAGAGCUGCUGGAUGCGGGUGGAGGUGAUGAAAACAAUGCCAGAGCAGCACAGGAUGGAGACUAGCUGCAGCUCUGGAUGGGAUGGAUCUUUGCACAAGGACACAAUGGGCCUCUGCUCUGGAUACAUCCUUCUCUCCAUCUCAGAAAAUCUUGUUCUGAGUGUGCUGUUGCUGAGAUGCUGUGGGUCUCAGAGCAUUCCAUUAAGCACCAGCACCCCUUCCCUGCAGUGGCACCACCUGAAUGGUCUUAAAAUGAGUGUGUUGUGUCCUCCCUGUGCAACCCUUUUGCCAAUCAGUCUGCAAACUUCCUUUGUAAGGGUGGUUUUGCUCCAGUAGGAAUUACUCUGACAAUUGUUUGGAUAAACAGAGUAAAGUUACAUUGCAGCCUUCACAGCAGCCCAGGGAAAUGCAGCCAAAGUCUGUUCAGAACAAGCAGCCAUUGAAAUAAUUGAAUUAAAGCUUCUAAUUGAGGAAAA